AUGUCGUCCUGGUGUUUGAUGGGGUUCCACAGGAGAGUUCAGAGGCAGGCCAAUGCGGCACUAGCCUAUGUGCGGGACUGGGGUAUCCGAAACAAACUCAGAUUUGCGCCACAUAAGACCAUGGCAAUGGUUAUUACCAAUAAAAUGAAGUACGAUACCCCGAUCCUGCGCAUGGGCGGAGUCGACAUUGGUCUGUCGAAUGAGAUUAAGGUGCUUGGCCUGACAAUCGACCGGAAAUUGACCUUUAACAGUCACGUGACGCAAGCGUGCAGGAAAGCGGCUGGUCUCUAUAAAAUCCUCGCAAGAUCAGCCAAAGUCCAGUGGGGUCUGGGACCGGAAGUGAUCCGGACGAUUUAUACGGCGGCGGUAGAGCCCGUAAUCCUCUACGCGGCUAGUGCGUGGGCACCCGCCAGCCAAAAAUUAGGGAUUAGGAAACAGCUUGGGGCCAUCCAACGUAGCUUCGCACAGAAGCUGACAAAGGCGUACAGGACCGCCUCUCUGAACUCGACGCUGCUGCUCGCGGGAAUACUCCCUCUCGACAUAAGAGUGAGGGAGACGGCACUCUUGUACGAGGUCAAGAGGGGGUACUCUCAGCGAGUAGUAGGCGAUCGGGAAAUAGAGGCCCCUGUAGCCUUUGCCAGAUUGGACCACCCGGCGGAGCGGAGAAGCGGGAGUUUCGAAUGCUUGGUGGAUCGAGCGGAAUUGGCGCGGCACGUCGGUGAAGGUCUUAGUAUCUUCACCGACGGCAGCAAAAUAGAUGGGAAGGUCGGAGCGGCGCUGUCCAUUUGGAAGGGCGCCGCCGAGACUAGUACCAGGAAAUUGCGGCUGGAGCCAUACUGCUCGGUCUACCAGGCGGAACUACUCGCCCUCCGCAAAGCCGUGGAGGAAGCGCUCCACAAGUCCGCCCUGGAAGUCGUCACAGGGGUGACUCUCCACCCCAUAGCGUUUGACAUUAACGAAUUGCUGAAAGAAGCAAGCAAACGCACCCAGAAAAUUAAAUUUUUCUGGGUGAAGGCACAUGUGGGGUUGGAGGGGAAUGAAAGGGCGGAUGAGCUCGCUAAAGCGGCCGCACUGCACCUGAAGACCCGUGCGCACUACGGUAAAUGCCCGGUUUCAUUCGUCAAGAGAGAGAUCCGUCGGGACUCUAUUGGCGAAUGGAGCCGGAGAUAUGCGGAUGGAGAGACGGCUUCGACAACGAAGCUGUUCUUUCCGGACGCUGCCGAGGCGCACAGGGUCGUCAGGAAGAUCGAUCCGGAUCCAGUCCUGACACAGGUGUUCACUGGGCACGGCGGCUUCUCCGAUUACUUGUACCGAUUCAAGUGCAAGGAGAGUCCGGCGUGCCUAUUAUGA